AUGAAGUUUGCUGUGAUCUUUUUGUCCUUGGUUGUAUAUGCUUCCGCUUCGGCCUACUUACAAAUCUCACACGAGUUCUCUCCCUACGGAUACUUAACUAAGCAUGGUAUCCCCGAGGCUGAGAGAAUUAGAGAAGCUGAAGAGAAAAUUUUAAGUGGCAACCGAAUUACUGGUGGCUCCCCAGCUCAUCUUGGCCAAUUUAAAUACCAGGCAGGACUAUUAUCCGAAAUCAUCGGUAUCCCUAACCAAAGAGGUAUAUGUGGUGCGUCUCUCGUAAGCCCCAACCGUCUCCUCACAGCAGCUCACUGCUGGUACGAUGGCCGUAAUCAAGCUUGGAGACUAACAGUCGUUCUUGGCUCACACCUCCUUUACAGUGGAGGUACUAGAAUUAUGACCAGUGAUGUCGUAGUGCAUCCAGUCUGGUUCCCGCUACUGGUUCGCAAUGAUAUUGCUGUCAUCCGCCUUCCAAGCAAUGUGCAAUUCUCCGACACUAUUGGACCUGUUGCUUUACCUCUUGGAGAUCUCAGCACCCAGCUGUUCCAAGGAGAAACAGCAGUUGCAUCUGGUUUUGGAAUUACCCAAGAUGGUGGUGGUAUCGGUGAUGACCACUUCUUGAGCUACGUCUCAAUGGAUAUCCUUUCUCCAACAGAAUGCACCCUUGCAUUCCCAUUACAAGCAAAGUCUGCAACUCUUUGUACUCGAACCACUGGUGGAACCAGUACAUGUCGAGGUGACUCUGGUGGCCCCCUUGUGGUUCGAAGAAAUGGAAAUUCAGUUCUGGUUGGCAUUACUUCUUUCGGAUUGGCUUUCGGUUGUCAACUUGGCUAUCCCGCUGCCUUCAUUAGAGUGACGUCAUACCUAAAUUUCAUUAAUGAAAAUCUAUAAAUCGAAACAUAUAACACAAAUAUUGAUAAAACUCUUAAUGAUUGAA